CCAUUGAGGAUUGGUUCAAGCACGCGUCAGUCGACACAUUACUAGUAGUUCCGCCCAAAUUUGCCCUGCUAUGAUCAGGUUUGGUUGUAGAGCGCGGUUUGCAGUGUGAUGGGGUCGAGGCCGGGGCUGAUGCUUUGACAGCUGGAGAAAGACAGCGAAAAGCGAUAGCGGGAGGAGGGCGAGUGCGUGAGUGUGUGGGGGAGCAAAAGAAAGCAAAAAAAAAAAAAAAAGAGGCGUUAGUGUAGUGGAUCAUCAGUGUAUAUACCAUGUUCGCCAAAGGCAAGGGCUCGGCGGUGCCCUCGGACGGGCAGGCACGGGAAAAGUUAGCAUUAUACGUAUAUGAAUAUUUACUACACGUAGGGGCACAGAAAUCGGCACAGACAUUCUUAUCGGAGAUUCGGUGGGAGAAAAAUAUCACGUUAGGGGAGCCUCCUGGGUUUUUGCAUUCAUGGUGGUGUGUGUUUUGGGACCUUUACUGUGCAGCUCCAGAAAGAAGAGAUACUUGUGAACACUCAAGUGAAGCAAAAGCUUUUCAUGAUUAUCCUUUUAUGUCGCCACGAUACGCAGGAGGCCCAAGGCCCCCCAUCAGAAUGACAAACCAGCCUCCAGGAGGUGUUCCAGGUUCUCAGCCUUUACUGUCCAAUUCAAUGGACCCAACAAGACAACAGGGUGAGCUAAACCUUCAUGGACACCUUUAUAGGCUGUCUCCUCCACCUUCAAUGGGACCGGAUGGUCCUGAUCCUUGGUUAUCGUUGCAGACCUAUGGCGGCGGAAUGAGACCUCCACCUAAUUCCAUAGCACCAGGAAUGCCUGGCAUUAACAUGGGUCCUGGGGCUGGUCGACCAUGGCCUAAUCCUAAUAAUGCAAAUUCAGGGCCCCCUGGUGGUGGAGGUCCUCCAGGAACACCUAUCAUGCCUAGUCCAGCGGAUUCCACAAAUUCAGGUGACAACAUGUACACAAUGAUCAAUCCAGUACCGCCUGGAAGCAGCCGCUCAAAUUUCCCGAUGGGACCAGGGUCUGACGGCCCCAUGGGAGGAAUGGGUGGAAUGGAGCCACAUCACAUGAACGGAUCACUAGGGUCAGGAGAUAUUGAUGGACUCCCUAAGAAUUCUCCAAAUAACAUAAGCGGCAUUAGUAAUCCUCCAGGCACUCCACGAGAUGACGGUGAAUUAGGAAGCAACUUCCACCUUCAUUCCUUUCCAAAUGACAAUUAUUCUCCUAGCAUGACGAUGAGUGUGUGAUUCCUCCUUUCCCUCAUUUAUGACAGAAGGAAUCGGCUGCCAUGGGGAAGACAAAAUUAUGCAAGAAGAAGCAAAGCAGUUUGGCAAGGAACCGGGGGAGUACCCCAGUUUUAGUUUCAUGCAAUAAAAGGCUGAACUUCUCUUAUCAGUAAAACAUGAAGGACAACAAAUCCAAGAACCGUUCUUAUUGGCGGAUUACAUCUCUACAUGACAAGUUUUUGUUUUCUGGGAGUGGGGGAAACAAACUGAAGCUUCUAGCACCCAAGCUGACCUCCACUAUGUCAUUUUACAUUUGUGCUGUGCUACUCAAGGAAGAUAAAUUGAGACCUCGUGUUUUGUUGUCACCCCUUUUUUUAAAAAAGAAAAAACUAAACAAAAAGGACAGUUAUCAGAAAGAUGGGUUUUGUGGUUGAUGGCCUGUUAGCACAGUGCUUCCUUUUCCAGCUGCAGUAUAUUUUCGUUGAAGAAAUGGCAUUCUCUUUGGGGUCACAUGGAUGAAAUGACCCAUACCAUGAUAAGAUCACAACGUCUCUCAAGGACACGUACUGUGGUCAUUUCCACCUUGCACUCUCAACCAGCAUUGUCUGUUGCACUGAUUGUAGUAAGCCUGCCAGUCCCAUGGUGUGUUUCAUGGAAGUUUUCUCAUUUUAGCAGCAAGAAACAGAGACAAACUGUGGAUAAAACAGCUUAAGGAGAUGUUAAUCUCAUGUGAUCUUAUAAGGAUUUCACUUGUACGUACAUGCCUUGAAACUGAAUAGUGAUAUUUUUAUUCUCUUUGCAGUUACGUAGGUUAUUUUAAGUUUACUUCCUGUUGUGGUGCGGGAACUACAAAACCGUAACAGAAGUCAUGAAAAGACAUGCUUGGAAGGAGUACUGAGAUCAUUUGUACAGACAAUACGCUACCCUGCAGUUUUUGUUUUUAAAAAAAAAAAAAACUCCAGUCCUACACCAUGUAUAUUCUAUGUAAAAUAUUAUCUGCCUGGACAUAACUGUGCUGGUUCUUGAGAACAUUGUUGCUGUUUUUUGUGUUUUCUUACAUUGUAGUCUGGUUCUAAAUAAGAAAGACAAAAGUAAUUAUUAUA